AGUUUUUAAUCACAUUUUCAACUGGGUGCAGCUGCAAUGGAGAUUUCUGGUUAUAUUAUUGCGAUGACUCUAGCUCAUACUGCUUUAUUUGGUUCGUUAAUGGCUGCCGCAGCUUCCAUAGACUUGUCAACUGCAGUUCUCAUCAGGGUGGAUCAGUCUGGUAAAGGAGAUUUCAAGAAAAUACAAGACGCAAUAGACUCAGUUCCUCCAAAUAACUCUCAGCUGGUUUUCAUUUCGGUGAAGCCAGGAGUCUACAGAGAAAAGGUGGUAGUGCCCGCUGAUAAGCCCUUCAUAACACUGAGUGGCACAAAGGCUUCAAACACCAUAAUCACAUGGAGCGAUGGAGGCAACAUUUUUGAGUCUCCAACGUUUUCUGUACUGGCUUCUGAUUUUGUCGGCCGAUUUCUCACUAUCCAGAACACAUAUGGGAGUGGUGAUAAAGCUGUAGCACUGAGGGUAUCAGGAGAUAGAGCAGCAUUCUAUGGUUGCAGGAUUCUCUCAUAUCAAGACACCCUCUUAGAUGACACAGGAUCACACUAUUAUAGCAAUUGCUAUAUUGAAGGAGCUACUGAUUUCAUAUGUGGCAGUGCUGCUUCAAUCUUUGAAAGUUGCCAUGUGCAUUCAAUUUCCAAAAACAAUGGAUCAAUAACAGCUCAACACAGAGACUCACCAACUCAGAAUAGUGGCUUCACUUUCCUGGGUUGCAAGAUCACCGGCACCGGAAGUGCAUAUCUAGGCAGGCCAUGGGGUGAUUAUUCUACAGUGGUGUUUGCCCUUUCUUACAUGUCUAGUGCAAUAGUGCCUGCCGGAUGGGAUAGUUGGGCUUCCCAAACCAAGCAAAGUACGGUGUUCUAUGCCGAAUACAAAUGCUAUGGUCCGGGAGCUAACAGAGUUCAGAGGGUUGAAUGGUCACAGAGCUUGUCCAAAGAAGAGGCUGCACCCUUCUUAACCAAGGCCAUGAUUGGUGGGCAAAGUUGGCUUAGGGGUGCACCAACCUACUUUAGAAGAAGCUCUACAAUUGUCAAGAGUCAUUCUGGGAAUAAUUAGAAAAAUUUCACACUUUUGAUUGCUUCUAUUCUCUCAGUAUAUAAUGUUUAUUUAUUUAUUAUUUUUUUAAUAUAAUUUUUCUGUAGAUAUUCAUUCAUUUAUUAGCCCUCUUCAUGAAAGGGGGCAAAGAGAUGUAUCAGCUCAUAUUUUCCUCAAAAAAUUAAUUUAUAUAUGUAAAUACAUAUUUAUAAAAUGAAAUGAAUUCUUUCC